AUGCUGAAAUGGGAGAGAGAUCUGAGGGCUGGCGGGCAGGAUAAAGCCAUACAGAGGAUGAAUGUACAGCGUGGAAGACACGAGGCGAUCAUAAACGAUCAGAGACGAUCAGGGCAAUCAAAGAGGCAGAGCAAAGAUGACCAAAGAGAUGCAAUAGAGGAGCAAGAGGCAGAUAUCGACCCUGCACGUAACCCGCACUUGUCCCUGAAUGUGGCGUCCCCUGGCGUCGUAUGGUGGUCGUUUGGCGGACAGGUGGACUGGGCGACACUGGGCGGGCGGCUCUUGAUUCGACUGAUACAACUGCACUCGUACUGGGUGUGUAGGAGACACAGAAAGACGAGAGGGAGGAGGCAUGGAUCAUGGGGCGAGGGCUCGCUGGGACGUGCCAUCCAUGUUCCAAUGACCAAGUCCAUAUCUGCACAGCAGACUAUCCAUAUGUUGAGGGAUAAUUUGAUAGAAUCUUGA